GAUGGCGGUCAUUGACCAUAGUGACAAAGCUCCACUUCAUGGCGAAAGUUAGCCAGGAAGUAGACUUUGCGGACCCAUGGAAUUGAAAGUAGUUCUCAAACUCUCAAUUGCUCAGCUCGAACUCUCAUUCACUCAGCUGGAGAUUUUGCCUCAGAUCGUCAGUACUACAAAUUCUAGUCUUGAUUGUGAUCGUCGUUACUAGUCCAUAGAAGUCUUCAAAGUUUUUAAUGUAUGAGAAACGGCAUUUCAACUGGGAUCAGCACCUUCUCCCUAUCUUUCGAAAGAAGCAAAAUUCUUUUAAGAUAUAAUCGUUAACCCCUAAAAUAACAAAAUUCUUUUUGACAUCAGAAUCCCAUCUUGAAUCUCAUUCUUAUCUCACAUUCUUUUCCAACGAGUUGCGACAGCAUCAGUCAAUAUGUCAAGCAGUGCACUUCUUUUGCCGCUGGAUGGGGCCAUCAAGUUUUCCCCAUGGGAAGCCUUUGACAAGCUCUGGACGUCGGUCGUAGGAUAUCCUGCUGAAAGUUUCGAAUUCGUUCCAGGAAAGACGCCAAUGGCUACGUUGAAAUCAACUCUUGUUACAAUAGUUCUUUAUUACGUAGUCAUCUUUGGUGGUCAAGCAUGGAUGAAAAACCGUCCAGCAUACAAGCUGAAUGGUUUGUUCAUGGCACAUAACUUGAUGUUGACCGUCGUAAGCGGUUCGUUGCUUGUUCUCUUUGCGCAGCAGCUCAUUCCAAGUCUGUGGAAGAAUGGCUUGUUUGAUGGUAUCUGCGGUGGAACUGGAUGGACCAAGCCAUUGGUUACUCUCUACUACCUGAACUACAUCACAAAAUAUGUGGAGUUGCUUGAUACCGUUUUCUUGUUCCUCAAGAAGAAGCCUUUGACUUUCCUUCACUGCUAUCACCACCCAGCAACAGCUCUCUUGUGCUAUACUCAACUUGUUGGACACACUCCAGUAUCCUGGGUUCCGAUCACCUUGAACCUUUCCGUCCACGUUGUGAUGUAUUGGUAUUACUUCCAGAGUGCGCGUGGAAUCCGUAUUACCUGGAAAGAGUGGAUCACCCGCAUGCAAAUCACCCAAUUUGUCAUCGAUCUUUUCGCAGUUUAUUUCGCUACAUAUAACUACUACGCUAGCGCCUAUUACAAGCAUCUCCCUCACGUCGGAACAUGUGCUGGUGAGCCAUUUGCUGCUUUCGCCGGCUGCACCAUUUUGAGCUCCUACCUCUUCCUUUUCAUCUCUUUCUAUCUUGCUACAUACAAGAAGACUACAGUGAAGAGAACUGCAAUCAAAUCCCAGGAUGUUAAAGUUGCAGGAAAGUCAUAAAUACUGAAAUUUUAAACCACAAGGCCAUUGGCUGAGGAGCUUUCUCCCUUGAGCUCCGGGAUCUAUGUAGGAGGCACGUAAUAGGAGGGGUUUAGGAGAAUAAAUUCGAGAAGCAGUUCUAAUGGGGAUCGGAUGGUGAAGUUUUUAUUUGAUAAGUUUUAUUUUGUAGCAUAAUGUAUAUUCUCCUUGUGAGAGCUUCGAAUGUAGGAAUAGAAAACGAUUGUAAUCUCUGGAAUUUUGCA